AUACGACGAUUUUUUUAUAUUAGAGAUUCGGUUAGAGUGUGUGAGACUGGCCCAAUUUGAUUUUAACUUACAGACCCUAAUAGUGUGCGGGGUAGGGGGCGCAGUGAGAAUGAACUAGCUGAUCAGAACGUCGAAGACGUAAUUUGGAUGGCAUGGCGCUCUUGUAGCGGUUUGCAGGCGAGGCAUUGGUGUAGAUGCCUUGGAUACUUUCCACGAGUGCGCUCGGACGCAAAUGUGGGUCUCUUGCUCUUUCCGCACUUUAUUUGUCUUGAAAAGAGCAAACAAGAGAGCUUGGAUCCUGCAAGGUCUUUUGUAUUCAUCAUCUCGCAACCGAUUGGGUUCUGGAGCUGGUGUCUUGAGGGGGAUGUCCACAAGUAAAUGACCAUGCCUUCUCCUUGACCACGAUGCAUUUCUUUACUUUCAAGAGAGUGUGUGAGGAACCACGAGGGAUACUCUGGAAGUUUUGCAUUUGGCGGCCUUGAGCAUAUUCUUUGUUUCCAGCUGGGGCUGACCUUAAAAAACAACCGGAAAUGGAUACCAUUUUGACCCGUUCACUUGCGGGUGUGUCGGGACACCUACUGCCAAUAGGGCGUGGGGAGUUCCAAUCCACUUCACCAAGCAUUCAUUUGAUUUCCUCAUACCACUGCGCUGGAUCAAACAAUAACAAUUCGACCAUAAAAACUCCAUUCCUUGGUGAGAGGGUUUUGGUGUCUAGGAAUGUAAACACAACCAAAGCACUUCGACGAAUUUGGCAUGGCCGUGUUUUUGUUUCCGUUCUCAAGGGUGAGAAUAACAAUGGUAGUAGAGGAUUCCAAAUUCCAGACGAUGUUGAGUCCCUCAAAGUUGCUCUGGCCGCUGCCGAAGCUAGAGCUGAUGCUGCAAAGAAAGCUGAGAAGCAAGCCUUGGAGGCUUUGACAGCCAUGGAGGGAAAAUCAUCAGACACUGUCAAGACCUCUCGCAAUAUGAAACAGAUCAAGCUUAAGGGAGGGAACGACGAUGCAGAUGGCAUUAGUCUCGCCGUGCAGGUAGAAAAAAUUUCAGAGGCUGCGAUUCAAAAAGCUACUGCUCGCAUAACGGAAGAUGCCACGUUGAAAGUGGCUGCUGCUGAAACCGCAGCUGCUGAGGCUGUUCUCCAGCUUGAGGAAAGGUUGCAACGGGCAGUAGAUGAAGCCGCGUCUGCCGUUGCUGGGGAGACUCAAGUAGCAAUUGAUGAAGCCAGGGCAGCCGCUAAAGUAGCUAAAGCUCAGGCUGCUAAAUCUGAAGCACUCUUAAACGAACAAGUGAAUGUCUUAAAUGAAUUGGCAGAGAUUGAAGCGAAGAUGCUAGUACUGGAAGAGGCUCUCCUUGCUGCGGGUCGACAGUUGCAAAUUGCAAAUGGAGAAACAGAACGUGUACGCAUUGAGCUUGACGCAGUUCAAUCUUUCAUAAAAACUGCGACAGCUAGGGCUGAAGCAGCGGAAAAGACUAUUAUUGAGGUACAAAAAGCUGCUAGCAAAGCAGCGGAUGAGCGUGAGGCCAGUGCAUUGACUGCAAUCGACGCAGUGAAGAAAGCUGCGAAAGCAAGGCAAGUGGCCGACAAGGUCGCCUUUGAAGCUGAGGCAGAUGCCCUUCGGAGUGCAAACGAUGCAUCUCACAAAGCUAGUGAAGCUCGCAGACUUGUCAUAAAGUCCAGAUGCGAAUCUUUAGAGAAAUCAUUGGUAGCUGCAGAGGGUGCGGCGGCUGCUUGGAGGAACAGAGCGCUUACGGCUGAGGAGUUACUGAGGCAAUCCAGAAUAAAUGGGGUUGAGAUUGAUAGUAGUAGUCCGGUGCCUGACCUUCUACCGCCAAAUAUAGGUCGCCUUGAAAUGCUUCCAGGUAGUGAUGCAAAAAUCAAAGACCUUCUUGAAAAUGGACCUAGACGGGAAACUCCGGACUGGAUGAAACGGCGCCUUCAGACAGGGCAGCAAAACUUGCCACCAAUGCAACCUACUUCGAUAACCGCCGACAUUGAUGCGGCGAUCCCUUUGGAAUUGCCUACCCCCGAGGAUGUUUGGGACGUUGCGAAGUCGAAGGUAAAGGAAGAUGACAAAUACACCGUGCGAGCAGCAGAGAAGGAAGCACUUGACUUGCAACGGAAUGCCUUGGAAAGAGCUCUUCAGACAAAAUCCCUUAGAACCCUUGUGAGGUAUCCUGAAGAAUCCGAGUCAAAGACAGAAUCUGGCACUGGAUCUGGUCGCGAGAUUGUGUUUCAAGGUUUCAACUGGGAGAGCUGGAGACGGCAAUGGUGGUUGGAGAUGUCAGCUAAGGCCUCGGAUCUUGCAAAAUGUGGAAUAACCACAAUCUGGCUUCCUCCACCCACUCAAUCCGUCGCCCCUCAAGGUUACAUGCCAGGUGAUCUCUACAACUUGAAUUCAGCUUAUGGAGGAUCGGAGGAACUGAAACUAUGUAUAAAUGAGAUGCAUAAGCAUAAAAUCCUUGUUCUUGGAGACGUAGUUCUUAAUCAUCGUUGUGCACAGAAGCAGAGUCCUAAUGGAGUAUGGAACAUAUUCGGAGGCAAGCUCGCGUGGGGACCUGAGGCUAUUGUAGGGGAUGAUCCCAAUUUUCAAGGGCGGGGAAAUCCUAAGAGCGGGGACUUUUUUCAUGCUGCUCCAAAUGUCGACCAUUCCCAGAAGUUCGUUCGCAAGGACAUCAUGGAGUGGAUGCAGUGGCUGCGCACUGAAUUCGGAUUCGAUGGCUGGCGGCUCGACUUUGUCAGGGGGUUUUGGGGUGGUUACGUGAAGGAGUACAUCGAAGCAACAAAGCCAGCAUUUGCAAUCGGAGAGUACUGGGAUAGUCUGUCGUACGAGGGUGGACAAGUGAGCUACAAUCAAGAUGCUCAUAGACAGAGAAUUGUAAACUGGAUUAACGCAACUGGUGGUACAUCUUCAGCGUUUGAUGUGACAACUAAGGGCAUUUUACAUUCAGCACUUCAUGGUGAAUUCUGGAGAUUGAUAGAUCCUCAAGGGAAACCACCCGGAGUGAUGGGCUGGUGGCCUUCUCGUGCAGUCACGUUCCUUGAGAACCAUGACACCGGAUCAACGCAGGGUCAUUGGCCAUUCCCUCGCGACAAGCUAAUGAUGGGUUAUGCGUACAUCUUAACACACCCUGGCACACCUGUGAUUUUCCACGACCACUUCUACGACUUUGGGCUGCAUGAUCAAAUAGCGGAGCUUAUCGCUGUAAGGACACGGACUGGUGUGCAUUGUCGGAGCCCAGUAAAAAUAUUUCAAGCAAAUUUUGAAGGAUAUGCUGCUCAAAUAGGGGAGAACCUAGUCAUGAAAAUCGGUCACCUUGACUGGAACCCAUCGAAACAAAACAAUCUGCCAGGAAGCUGGGACAGAUGUGUAGACAAGGGUGAGUAUCAGCUCUGGGAAAGGAUAUAACUAGAUUACACAAUUUUCCAUCUGCCAAGGCGUGAACCUAACUUGACGACGUGCUAUAUGGUUAUGUAUAAACAUUCUUAUUUUUUUCUGCCAAUGCAGAAGGGUAAAGUUUCUAUUCAUCAUUUUCUUUACCAUU